AUGGGGCAGAUGCAGCUGACUCCCGACAUCAUUUCCUGCAACGCGGCUCUGGCAGCGUGCAGGAGAGCUGGGCAGUGGCAGUCCAUCCUAAAGCUCCUGGCAGACAUGCCCUUGCUGCAGAUUGCCCCCGACCUUCUGAGCCUGCACUCGGUACUCGACUGCGUGGAGGGCACGGGCCACAGCCAUCAAGAGGUCUUCCGCGUCAUGGGCUGCAGACUGAAGGACCUCGGAAAAGGGAAGACUUCAGGCCACACCUUCCAAGGAAUGCUCUACGCCAAAGCGCUGACGACGGUUCAGUGGUGGAUGUCGGAAAAUCUCCCUCCCAAGACGUGCCGAACUGCGCUGGCUUUGCUGAAGCAGCGCGGCCUGGGAGCAGAGUAUCAGGAGGGAAAUCAGAUCAGUCUGCAGAUAGAAUUGAGAGGCCAACGCUUCUCCAGCUUCAUCCACGCUACGCCCUGA